CAAACCGUGCGUUCGCGGGCUCCGCGACCCAGCAAAUGUGUAAUGUGCAAUAUUUAGCGUUAAAUAUUUAGCUCGAGAUGCCAAUGGAGCCCCAAAGUACUCGUGCGUAAAAAUGGCCUCCAAUGUAGUGUCCCGCCUAUUGGUGCUGUCGUCGGUCGGGAUUGGUGGCUACUAUCUCGGCAGCUACUUCGAGCGACGGAAGGUGCCGGUCGAUUAUGUAAGCAGCGAUCGAAAGGCGAUCGGUGACUUCUGCUCCAAACCGGCACUUCCGAUCUUUGGAACCGUUUCGGCUGCAUCCCUAAUUUCCCCACCGGCAGCAACGGUUAACGUGAGCAGGGUCGGUCAGAUCAUGAAGUACGGGUUUCCCGGAUUGGACAAUGUGCGUUCCUUUGAUGACUACGUGCUAUCGUACGACCGGCGAACGCGUGUCGCGCACUGGGUAUUCGAACACCUUACGCCGGACUCGGUCAAACCGAACGAUGCGGUGGAUCGGGCUAAAUCCGACUUUAAAGCGGACGAUAGCAUUCACCCGUUUUUCCGGUCGCUCAACACCGACUACAAAGGUUCCGGGUUCGAUCGUGGACACAUGGCGGCGGCCGGUAACCAUCGUGUCGAGCAGAAACACUGCGAUCAGACGUUUUACCUUACCAACAUGGCUCCACAGGUGGGAGCUGGCUUCAACCGUGACAAAUGGAACCACCUCGAACGACACGUACGGAAGCUGACGAAGGAACACCCGAACGUGUACUGCUGCACCGGGCCACUAUUUCUACCGCGAAAGGAAGCGGAUGGCAAGCUGUACGUGCGGUACCAGGUGAUCGGGGCGAACAAUGUGGCCGUGCCGACGCAUUUCUAUAAGGUAGUCGUCAUGGAGGCGAAGGACGGUCGGCUGGCGAUGGAAGCUUACGUACUGCCGAAUCAAAAAAUCGACGAUUCCACACCACUGACCAUGUUCCAGGUGCCCCCGGAGACGAUCGAACGGGCAGCGGGUUUACUGUUCUUCGAUAAGCUGGCCAAAGACAAGUUGACCACAAUCAACGGCAAAAAAGUGUGAAGUAGCUAGGGCAAAUCAGUUUAUGACGGAAUAAGUAAAAGUUUUAAUUUAUUUUGCGAAGAGCAAUAAAUGGAAUGCAAUUGAA